AUGGAAUCAAAAAAAGAACAACAAAUUUAUGAAGUUACUGCUGAAGUAGAUAUUUCAAUUAUUAAUGAAUGGGAAAAUUGGAUUGUUGAACAUGUCAGAGAAAUUGUUGCUUUGGAUGAUGGCAAUAUAUUCUCAAAAGGUGUAAUUAAUAGAUUAAAUAACUCACUCUUAGGAUCACUUCCAGAUGAGAAAUCAACAACAACAACUUCAACCUAUGUAAUGCAAUACACCGCAGUCAAUGAAACUUCAAUUACAACCUACAUUCAAAAAUAUGCACCAACUUUAAGAAAAGCUGUGCCUGCAUUUGCUGAUAAAAUAAAAACAUCAAGAAGAAUUUUGGUGGAAUAUAAAACAAUUAGCAACCCACCACAAACCAAAAACUUUGGUUAUGUAUUUUAA